AUGGUCCCACCAACUGUACCCAGUGAUCCGGCCCAAGGAUCUGUUAUAAAAGGAGAUUCUAAGAUAGAUAACGAGAAUGCUGGGACGUCCUCCAUAGACGAUGUUCAACCAGAUCGCCGUAUGGCUGUGACAAGUGGGCUAUGGCUACCGUAUCAGGAGCGGAUACGGCUAAAGAAGCUAGCCCAAAGAAGGGCCAAGAACCAACAGAGGAGUAGAGACCUGACACUGGCAACACUGAAUGUGGGGUCAAUGACGGCAAGAAAAAUGGCAUCGAUAGAGGGCCAGACUGUAAAUGUUGCUAGUGCUUAUGCACCACAGACCAGGAGAAAGACCAAGAGAAAGAGGCUGCUCAGUGACUACCUUCAUACAGUAACACCGAGUGAGCGACUGUGGCUUGGAGGAGAUCUCAAUGGCCACGUGGGGACAGACAUCAGAGGGAUGGAAGGACACAUGGGAAAUCAUGGCUAUGGAGAUAUGAAUGAACAAGGGGAGCAGAUCAGGAGCAUAGCAGAAGCCGCGGAUUUGGCCAUUAUUAACACCUACUUCUCGAAACUAAAUUCACAGAAAGUCACUUACUCCAUUCUGGACAGCAAGGAGGGACAAUCAAUGGCCAUCCGGAUAGCAAAGAGAAGGGACAAGAACUCGGCGGAUGUGAGGCAGAUCAAGGUGAUUAAGGAUGAGGAUGGCCAGACCCUCACUGAUGAUGCAGAGAUUAAGGAGCGAUGGAGGGCAUACUUCAGGAAACUGUUAAAUGAGGAAAAUCCCAGAGAAGAAAUAGUAGUACCAUCGGGAAAUGAGAGGAUAGUACGCAGAGUCACUCAGGGUGUCAGAUGA